CUUGGAUUUGCCGGUGACGAGGAUCCUGCUCCAGGGACGCCAUGACACAGUUGGGCGCUAGUAGACCCACGAACGAUGCUUCGACGCGGGAAAUCCCUCUCUUUUCUGCUCUGCCUCGGCCUCUCCGUUCGAUUCUCGAUCGAUCCCGAGCUCUGUGUGGACUCUCGACCUCAGUUUCGGUUGGAAUCUAACUCCGGAAGAAGAUAGCGUCCGACGCCGCCGGGAGAUCUAUUUCCGCCGGGAGAUAGUAGUAGGAGUAAUUUUUUUUUUAAAAAAAAAAAUACAACCUCAGGUUUUAAAACGACCCGGAUCAGCGAGUUCAGGGUUUCCUCCUCCUCCAUCCCCGCUGCGACCUCCUCCUCCACCCCCGCUGCGACCAGCAAGGCCGGCCGCCGGCGCCGCCUCCCGCCGCCCCGCCUCGACCUCCUCAACCAAUUCUGCACCAUGGUGGCGGAGGGGGAGGAAAAGGAGAAGAUGGUGAUGUUGCGGAGCGAGGACGGCGUGGACUUCCUGCUGUCAGAGGCAGAGGCCGAGGCCCAUUGCGGCAGGAAAAUCAAAAUAAUGAUGAAGUACGACUCCGAGGACCACAUCAUCCCUUCCGACGACGGCGGCGGCGAAAUCAACUACUGCCUCAUCCGCCUCCCCGUCCGAGGCGACACACUCUCCAAGGUGAUAGACUACUCCAAGAUGCACGCCUCCGGAUCCCACGACUUGACCCACUGGGAUGCGGAGUUCAUCGCUGGUUUCAACCACGAGGCCCUCUUCCAUCUCAUCCUGGUGAGUACGUACAUACAUACUUUCCCAAAAAAAAGAUCUAAGAAAAGUUAUACCUCAAUCAAUUGAUAGAACCGGCUUGGGUAUAAUUUGUCUAAAUUAAAUCCAUGGUUUAAUAAUGAACUGUGUUGUUUAACCAUAAUAACAAAUCAAUUCCUAUCAAAUUUCCUAGAACGAAAUUCCUAUAGGAUACAACAUGCAUACAUACAUACAUACAUACAUACGCAGUGUACACAUUAUAUAUGAACAAACAAAUUCAUUAACUUAGGUAUGCCUCAAUUUUCUAUUAUUAGUUGAUAUUAUAUCAAUUGAAUAUCUUUUCUGUUUUACGAGAUUUUUGCUAAAGUUGGAUUUACACCUAAUUCACAUUGAGCUUAUUCGUGAGAAUUCUAAACUUUUAACUCGAGAAUAGUAGAGAGGAACGUAUGUCACCACAAACAAAAAUUAAAAGUGUUGGAUUUCAAUCUGGUGUUAAAGAUUUCGAUUUGCUACA